UGGUUGUUUGAGGAGAAGGAUCCGUGCAUUAGUCGGGAGCUCAACGACUGGGCAGUAGCACAACACUCUCGGGAUAAAGUGGACGGGGCGCUUCACACCUUUAGAAAUGCAGAGCCAAAAUGAAUUUUUGGGUAGAGCGGAAGACUUUGCCGACCAGCUCCUACGUUACACUAAAAAUUACUUGCCUCACAUUGCACGCCUGUGCUUAGUGAGUACAUUUCUUGAAGAUGGACUUCGCAUGUGGUGGCAAUGGCAUGAGCAGCGGGAGUACAUGGAUAUCUCGUGGGGCUGUGGGUAUUUCUUGGCAACAGUCUUUGUGCUCAUUAACCUGGUAGGACAGCUUGGAGGUGUGUUCAUGGUUCUGUUCCGCAAGAAAGUUGAAGUUGCAUGUGGAUUACUUCUCUUCAUUGUUGUUCUCCAAACAAUAGCCUAUCAGAUUCUAUGGGAUUUGCAGUUCCUGUUUCGGAAUUUGGCAUUAGUAGGUGGUCUUGCUCUUGUCCUGGCAGAGAGCAAAAAGGAAGCACGCACAAUCUUCGCUGGCGUUCCAUCCCUGGGGGAAAACAAGCCCAAGACAUACCUUAUGUUGGGCGGGCGAAUCCUUCUAGUGUUUAUGUUCCUGACCUUAGUUAGACUAGAGUUCUCAAUCAUGCAGAUAUUCCAAAUAGUAAUUGGAGGUCUCCUGAUGGGUCUUGUUGCUGUGGGAUACAAGACAAAAUUGAGCGCCUUUAUGCUGGUGUUGUGGCUGAACGUCUUCAAUAUUUACGUUAAUGCUUGGUGGUCUAUUCCAGCUUAUAAACCUAUGAGAGAUUUCCUUAAAUAUGACUUCUUCCAGACAUUGUCAGUAAUUGGAGGCCUGUUGAUGCUCAUUUCCCUUGGUCCUGGAGGAGUUAGUAUGGAUGAACACAAGAAAAAGUGGUAACCAGCUUACCUAAAUCUCUCAUAUUUUUAUUGUUUUAUUUAGUACUGAAGCCACAAAUUCUUGUUUUUCUUUUUUUCUUUUUUUUUUUUUAGAUUAUAUGUGAAAUUUAGCGAUCAUUUGUUUGUAUAAAUGUUUUACUUUAAAUACUUGGAUCAUUAUUUAUGUAAAUAUUGUAAGAGGCCUUUUUGUUCAAAAUUAUCCAUAUUUAUCUAUUUUAAGCAAUUUAAAUGUGCUUCAAUUUUAUUUUCCCCCAUGGGAUGGUCAGAUUAAAGGUUUUUAAUAAAUUAGUGAUAUUGUUUGUUAAUAUUGUUAAAAUGGCUGUUACUUACUGCCUUUUGUUCUCAGUAAAUUGAAAAUCAUGUAAAAUUGGGAAUUGAUUCCUCCUUUAUCAGAGGGUAUGUGUUUUAAGUUAUAAUUUUUGUUAUUGUAUACAUAUGAAACUGUUGGCUUCGAGCAUUGUAAUAGCAUGCUUUUAAGGAUAUACUGACAUUAACAAACUAUCUUUUAUAAACAAGAAUUGGAUGUCGAAUACUUUCUUCAGUUCACCUGCUGAUGAAAAGAGGAAUGAUUUCUCCAUUUCCAAUAACAUUUCUCUUAUAGAUACUAUACUGCAAGUUAUUUCUGGUUUGCGGUUAACCCGAAACAUAUUUAAAGUCUUCAAAACAGUUCGCAUUGGAAUCUGGCAGCAUGGGCUUUAGGAUGACGGUGGUUUUCUUUUUAACACUUGCAUUGGGAAGUACGCUUCGUGUAAUAUAUGUAAUGCAUAAUGCCCAUCACUUCUGGCUUUGCCACGUGUAUGUUAAAUUAUUUUUCUACGGUUUUUAGUAGGGGAUUAGACCAUUCCCCUUGCACAAUGGCUCAAUGAUCCUCUUCUUGAGCCCCCCUCCCCACCCCUUCCAUUAUUUUUUUAUUGGUAUAUUUUUUGUAACUUUCAUUCUUAAUUUCACAUGAAAUUUUAUUUUUUGUUUGAUGAAAGUUAAUAAUUUUUUUUAAUAUACCCAGAGGGAUAGUUUUGUAGAAAAAGCUUGAAACUCUUAAAAAAAAAAAUAAUAAAAAAAAUAGGUGGCAACUUAUUUAAGGUUCCACAAGUCCUCGAAAUCUUUCAGGCCCUUUUAAUACCUUGAAAGAGUUUUAUAUUUAUCUCAAAAGAUUUUAUCAAGGAGAUGUUCAAUCUAUGCUGUUACUGAAAAAGGUCUGUAACUUUUGUUAAGUGGCUCUUAAGUAAAGAUUCUUCGUA